AAACUUAUAAAUAAACUCGAAAAUCGGUUUUCAUUACCGGAUUGAAUUCGAUUACAGAUCACGAAACGGGUCUAGUGGUACAGUGUGGAAUUUUCAGCACAUCAUCAUCGCAUCAUACGCUUAUGACUCAGCUGAACUAGAAGCAGUUGAGGCACAGAAAGUGUGUGAGCUAUCUAAAUACCGUAACACCAAUUUCAUGGAAACUUUGAUGGCCCCGACAGCCAGCACUUCCAGCCCACAAAUGCCAAUGGCGACGUCGUCACCAAUCACACAGCCAAUUAGGCAGACUACUAAGGAAAACACUGAUUCCAACGAUAAAGUGGUUUCUGAGUUACAGUCCCUUAAAGGAGAAGUACAGCUCCUUAAAGAGAAAAUGCAGUCCUUUGGUAAACUGCUAACGCAGUUGGUCUCGUCAAAUAGGUCGGGCGACGUGACCAUUUUGGGAACCGGGAAAUCGUCCAUUGACAAUAGUCAACUAGAAUUCCCCUUGUCGACUGAAGAAGAGUUUAACCAACUGGAAGCGUCAUUGAAAAGCCCAAAAUUCAGAGAUUCAUUCAUGACGAAACUGGUUGGGAAUUUGUCGUUCAAUCCGCAGUCUUCGUUGAGACGAAUGCUGAAUUACAUACGGGAGCCUUAGCUACCAAGUCACUUCACAGCGUGCGGAACACCGAAGAAGCUAGUCCUCACAAAGUGCUACUUCUAUA